CACAGAUUACAUGAGCAAAUCUCACGGAUGUUUUGCUCGAGAUUCCGCCAUGGAUGUCGCUUCUGCUCGGGGCGUCUCUUCACAUCCUCCAUAUUAUGCUAAACCCAUUUGUUCAUCACAGUCAUCGUUAAUCCGGAUCUCGCGGGAUAAAGGAUGUUGUUUUGGUCGUAUUUCGAAUGGUAUGGCGAGCUUGAGUACUUCCUUUCAUGCUGCUCCGAGAGGAAAAAUUACUGGCGAGACAAGGCGUAGUAGUGGAGUACAAUGGUGUAACCGGUCAUUGAGUUGGUAUCCUUACAGAGAUCAUGAUAAAAAAUCACAUAGAUUAAGUGAAUUGGCAAGAAUUGUCACUGUGAGAUCGGAUCUUUCAGGAGCUGCAACCCCUGAAUCUUCUUUUCCAGAACCAGAGAUUAAGUUGAGCUCAAGACUCAGAGGGAUAUGCUUUUGCGUGGUUGCUGCCAUUUCUGCCAUUUUUCUCAUCGUCCCGAUGAUAAUCGGGCAUCCUCUCGUCCUUGUCUUGGAUCGCUAUAGGAGAAAAUUCCAUCACUUCAUUGCUAAACUUUGGGCUUCCAUAAGCAUCUAUUCGUUUUAUAGAAUCGACAUCGAGGGUUUGGAGAAUCUGCCAUCAUCAGACACUCCUGCUGUAUAUGUUUCAAACCACCAAAGUUUUCUGGAUAUAUACACACUUCUCAGUCUUGGCAAAAGCUUCAAGUUCAUCAGCAAGACAGGGAUAUUCGUAAUUCCCAUUAUCGGUUGGGCCAUGUCCAUGAUGGGUGUCGUUCCCUUGAAGCGAAUGGACCCAAGAAGCCAAGUGGAUUGCUUAAAACGCUGCAUGGAACUCGUAAAGAAAGGAGCAUCUGUCUUUUUCUUUCCUGAAGGAACACGUAGUAAGGAUGGCCGGUUAGGUCCUUUCAAGAAAGGCGCAUUUACGGUAGCUGCUAAGACCGGAGUUGCAGUAGUUCCAAUAACGCUGAUGGGAACAGGCCAAAUCAUGCCGACUGGUAGUGAAGGUAUACUAAACCAUGGGAAUGUCAAAGUUAUCAUCCAUAAGCCGAUACAUGGAAGCAAAGCGGAUGUUCUUUGCAACGAGGCCAGAAACAAGAUUGAGGAAUCUAUGAAUCUCUUGAGCUGAUCUCAAACGUUGUUUUUGCAGCGUCUCUGAUGAACAGUGAGAAGCUAAUUGUUUUUUACAAGUGGAAGAACAAAAAUAUGUUCAGAUUUUGAGUGAUUUUUAAAGAAAAUGUCAGUUUUAUGAAUUUAAAUUUUCAAGAGUUAAGAAGAUGCAUGGGCGAGAGUUGGAAUGGCUUUUUAGGAUUUAAAGUUGAGA